AUGGAACGAAGAUUUACAUAUAUUCAACCAGUAGACUCAGAUGCCCUGGAGGAAAGCAAUAGAAUUAGAAUGGACGUGACAACUGAAACAGAGAUGCAGCAUUUAUCUAGUCAGGAGGAUGCGAUGUCAGAUUCUUCUGAAGCGACACUUCCUAGUAGCGAAACGGACGCUAUACUCGCUAUUGAAGAUGGCCGCCACGCGUCGCCCAGGGAGGAGGACGAGCUCUCCGCGUCCUCCGAGGCCACGCUGCCCAGCAGCGAAGCCGAGGCGCAGCUGCCCCGCUCCGAGGUACGUGCUUCGACCCCCGGGCGCUCCUGUCCGGGCGCUCACCGCUCCGCUCCCUUGCAGGAUGCGGUGGAGGUGGGGAUGGGCGCGGAUCCCGAGCCCCAGGCGUCUGCGAGGUCUCCACGGCGCUACGCCAAGAACUGUGAAACGCCUGAGAUACUGUACGCGUGUACGGACUGUGAGCACGUUGGCGUUGUUCGUGCGGAGGGCGUGGCGGAGGAGCGAAGAAGAGUUUGUCGGCGCCAGAAGAGGGAGCAGGAGAGCAGGAGCUUACCAAAAGAUGGAAUAUCUUACAACAGGAAGGCGGCGCUGUCAUCGACGAAAGUCAUUGAGUGGCAAAUGAAUUCGCUGCCUACAAAUCCAAACAGCCCAUCUGCAUCAAAAAGUGCAGGGAUUGAAGGGGCGGAAACGGAUGGCAACUCUGUCCAGAUAUCGCAGGUACUGUUUUUGUAG